GCCUGCAGUUUAGUAGUCGCAAGUCUCGACGGCCGGUCCGAAUAUACGUUUUUCGCACCGUUCGACAAAACAACGGCAAUAAUAAUAAUAACAACAACGACGACGUAAACUGCCGAGAAUAACGUCAUCGGUACAAUAGCAAUAAAAAAUAUAAUAUUAUUAACAACGAAAAUAAUAGUACUGACGUUUGCCCAAUAUAUCGAACGCCGUGCACACGUGUGUAUUAUAAUAAUAAUAUAAUAAAUGUGUUCGGCGGUGUAAAUCGAUCACGACACGAUUAUUUUUGAAUUCGAAUGUUGGGAGGAAACAGAUUUAAUUACCGACAGACGGUGACGUGAAACUUUAUACGGUACUAUCAUUGCUGUUUAUCACCUCCCAAAUUUUCUUCCGGUUCCGUAUAAUAAUCGUUGCCUCGUCUGAAUAACGCACAAGACAAUAAUUUUCACCACAAGACACCGCAUCAGUCUCCACAGUGGCCGUGUGUGACGGGGACGGCGAGCGAAGUAGCAGAGCACAAACACUGAUUCUCGGAUGGUGGUGGAAUAAAAAUAAAUAAGAAAAACGAGCAAAACCUAUUCGUUAAUCCUGUGCAAACAUUAUAUUAUUAUAUCGUAUAAUGAUAAUAAUAAUAUGCUUACGCCAACUCGCGGUGCACCACCCUAAGCCUAUGUCGGCGAAACGGUUUGACGUGCAUGUAAUUCAGUAGUAGCCGGGCCGCUAUUAUAUCAUUAUUUUCAUAUAAUAUACGUUGAUCGGAUCGAGCACCGCCAAUGUGUACUUCACAUUAUAAAACGUAGACAUCGCACACGAAUCGAGAUAUGAGUCACGGAAAAGCGAACCGAGCGUACCAGCCGUACCAACACCGCGGUGACAGCAGCGACGGGGAAUGUGACGAAGACACUACCGAGUUCCAGCCCAACCGUCAUCAACACAGCUUACAGCACCAGUAUCACCGGCACCGUAGGCCGAACCACACAUACCAGCAGCCCGGUGCUCUGCUCAACACCGACACCAGCGGUACGUCAGGAAACUGUUCGGACGCGACGCUCACGGAUUCGGAACUAGCGUUCACCAGGGACGCGACUUUGCAACUGCACGACGGCGGUUGUUUGCUUAACGAUUCAUUGAGAAAUCCACCAGAUGUGCCACCGAGAAAUCCCGGCACGAUGAGUAGGUUGAACGGUCGGCUGAAGGGUUCCGGUCAGGGAUCCAAUGCCGGCACGAUGGUACAUCUUGCUGGAGACCAUCAACACCCGAUGGACUUAGACUUUGAAACAUCCAAUUGUGUCAUAAGAACUGCUUCCGGGUCCGUUUACAUACAGCCGGACAUGACGAAAAGUGUGUUGGACUACAAGAAUACGUCAUCAUGCAGUAGUCCUUCUAAGACUGAUAUUCAUAAAUCAUCAGAAAGGUGCUCUUUAGGUUACGGUGUAGGCAUGCCGGUACUACCAGUCAGGAAUAACCUGAGACGACCGACGUCUUCUCAUCAUUUUUCAUCCGCGUCCCGGUUCCAGUUCCAAAAAGGUUUUGCCUCCCGAUGUUCAUGGAAGUGCUCGUCAAUUGUAUUAAUAAUUGUGUGUUUACUGAUGGCUGUUGCGUUAACUUAUAUAACUUCAUCGAAUCUAUUGCGGUUAUCGUACCAAGGUCCAGCAUCGUGUUCGGUGCUGGUCGACGAGAACGGUGGAAAUGGCGACUCACUGGCCAUGCCGAAAUCGCUGAAUCACACGAAAUCAUCUUCGGAAAACACAGGGUCAAAGUUAUUCCCAGUAAGGACUGCUCCACCCGACGGCACUACUUUUGCACAGAUAACAUUAGGCGAUAAAAUUGACGGUGAAAUACCGGCGUUUGGCUACUGGAAUGUCCAGUUUUAUCAUCCACGAGCUGCCUACGUUCGGUUCAACUAUGACUUUCCUAGAGGCGCCAGCAUUGCCGUGUACGGACGAAGGAACGCACUACCCACGCACACCCAAUACGAAAUAUUGGAGUUGCUCAAUGGCUUUCAAUCACGACAGACCCGGUCUACACAUUCAAUUAUUAAAAAGGAAGUUACACAUUAUCUGGAGCCAGGUCACUGGUUUGUAUCGAUGUAUAACGACGAUGGAGACUUAACUACGGUGACGUUUUCGGCAUCAGUAUCGGAAGAUAUGACUUUGAGCUGUCCUAAUGGAUGCAGUGGUAAAGGGGAAUGCAUGGUAGGCCAUUGUCAGUGUAACCCUGGAUUUAGUGGAGACGACUGCAGUGACAGCGUGUGUCCAGUAUUAUGUAGUCAAAGAGGCGAGUACAUUAAUGGUGAAUGCCAGUGCAACCCUGGAUGGAAAGGCAAAGAAUGUAAUCUGAGACACGAUGAAUGUGAAGUACCGGAUUGCAAUGGUCAUGGUUACUGUACAAAUGGUAAAUGUAUUUGUGCACUUGGUUUCAAAGGGAAAUUUUGUUCUGAAGUGGACUGUCCAAAUCCAAAUUGUAGUGGCCACGGUGUGUGUGUUGAAGGAACUUGUAUUUGCAAAAAAGGCUGGAAAGGCGUAAACUGUGACGAAAUGGAUAAAGAUGCCCUACAAUGUCUGCCUGACUGUUCAGGACAUGGGACGUUUGAUUUGGAAGCACAGACAUGUCAGUGUGAACCCAUGUGGUCUGGCGAAGAUUGUUCUAAAGAACUGUGUGACUUGGACUGUGGUGCACAUGGCCAUUGUGUAGGUGACACUUGUGCCUGUCACUCUGGUUGGUCCGGCCAAUAUUGUAAUUUGAAACUAUGUGAUAACCGAUGUAAUGAACAUGGACAGUGCAAAAAUGGCACUUGUUUGUGUGUCACUGGAUGGAAUGGAAAACAUUGUACGCUCGAAGGAUGCGCGAACAGUUGUUCUGGACACGGACAGUGUCGGGUAAACAGUGACAACGUAUGGCAGUGCAAAUGUUCCGAUGGAUGGGAUGGUCUGGACUGCAAUACUCAAUUAGAACGAGAAUGUAACGAUAAUAUUGAUAAUGACAAAGAUGGUCUUAUGGACUGUGAAGAUCCCGAAUGUUGUUUAAACCAUUUGUGUCGUAGUAGUCAGCACUGCGUGUCAUCACCAAAGCCCAUUGACAUACUCUUACGUAAACAGCCUCCGGCAAUAACCGCAUCGUUUUUUGAACGAACAAAAUUUUUAAUUGAAGAAGGCAGUCUACAAAACUAUGUUAGACCUGAUACAUUCAAUGAGAGCAUUUUCUGGAGUCACUUCAACACGAGCCGAUCAGCUGUUAUUCGUGGUCGUGUUGUUACAUCAACUGGAAUGGGAUUAAUGGGUGUUCGGGUUAGCACGAAUAUUGCACCCGAAGGCUUCACAUUAACUCGUGAAGAUGGUUGGUUUGAUUUAUUGGUAAAUGGAGGAGGAGCUGUAACUUUGCAGUUUGGUAGAAGUCCAUUUAAAGCACAAACUCAAAUUGUAAACGUUCCUUGGAAUGAGAUUGUUAUUAUUGAGACAAUAGUGAUGUCAUUGAUUGAUGAUAAAGGUAUUCAGCUUAGCGGACAAGCUUGCAAAGCUCACGAUUAUGAUCUUAUGAAACCCGUCGUAUUAGCGUCCUGGAAACAUGGUUUUCAAGGAUCUUGGUCUGAUAAAAGUGCAGUUUUAGCGGAAUCUCAGGUCGUCCAAGAAAGCUUCCAGAUUCCAGGAACAGGGUUAAAUUUGGUUUAUCAUAGCUCUAGAUCAGCUGGAUAUUUAUCUACAAUACAACUACAACUUACACCCGAGACCAUUCCACCAACUUUGAAAUUGAUUCAUUUAAGGAUAACGAUAGAAGGAAUACUUUUCGAAAAAACAUUCGAAGCUGAUCCUGUAAUAAAAUAUACGUAUGCUUGGAACAGACUAAAUGUUUAUCGCCAAAACGUAUAUGGUGUUACAACUGCUUUGGUUAAGGUCGGAUAUGAGUAUACCGAUUGUCGAAAUAUUGUGUGGGAUGUUCAGACAACCAAAUUGAGUGGAAAUGAUAUGAGUAUUUCAGAAGUAGGCUCCUGGAAUUUAGAUAUUCACCAUCGUUACAAUUUCCAUGAAGGGAUACUACAAAAGGGUGAUGGAUCGAAUAUUUAUUUGAAACAAAAGCCUAGAAUAAUUUUAACUACUAUGGGUGAUGGACAUCAAAGGCCAUUAGACUGCAUAGACUGUGAUGGUGAUAAUGGCCUAAAACAGAGACUUUUGGCUCCAGUUGCAUUAGCUUCUGCCCCUGAUGGCUCAAUAUAUGUUGGUGAUUUUAAUCUGAUUCGACGUAUUAUGACAGAUGGUACAGUUAAAACCGUUGUCAGAUUAAAUGUUACCAGGGUGUCAUAUCGUUAUCAUAUCGCUGUUAGUCCUUUAGAUGGAUCGUUGUUUAUUUCUGAUCCCGAGAGCCAUCAAAUUUUAAAAGUUAAAAAUCCAAAUAACUUUUCUGACCCAGAUCAUAACUGGGAACCAGCAGUUGGAUCGGGUGAACGUUGUCUACCGGGAGAUGAAGCACAUUGUGGAGAUGGUGCUUUAGCUAGAGAUGCUAAACUAGCUUACCCUAAAGGUGUUGCUAUAUCUUCUGAUAAUAUUUUAUACUUUGCCGAUGGAACAAACAUUCGAAUGGUGGACAAAGAUGGUUUAGUAUCCACUUUGAUUGGUAACCAUAUGCAUAAAUCACACUGGAAACCUAUACCUUGCGAAGGAACUUUAAAUACAGGCGAAGUGCAUCUAAGGUGGCCAACUGAUCUUAGUAUCAAUCCCUUAGAUAACACUUUACAUAUUAUCGACGAUCACAUGGUAUUGAAAUUGACCACAGACAACAGGCUAAAAGUUAUUGCUGGCCGUCCAAUGCAUUGUCCACCCGUUGGACGUAUAGGUUUAAGUACAGACCAAGAAUUAGCUAUACAAACUGCGUUAGUUAUGCCUCAGAGUAUUGCAUUUGCACCUAAUGGCAAUAUGUAUGUCGCUGAAUCGGAUUCACAGAGAACAAAUAGGAUAAGAGUCAUAAGCACUGAAGGUAAGAUUUCUCGUUUUGCUGGUACGGAGUCAAAAUGUAAUUGUUUGGACCGCGGUUGUGACUGUUAUGAAGAAGAUCAUUAUUUAGCAGCUACAGCAAAGUUCAAUACGAUUUCGUCAAUCACUAUAUCUCCCGAUGGUGUAGUCCAUGUAGCAGAUCAAGCAAAUUAUAGGAUAAGAUCUAUUAUGUCGAGAUCUCCAGAAGCGACAGUUACACGGGAAUAUGAAGUUUACUCACCAACCACUCAAGAACUUUACAUUUUCAACCGUUUUGGCCAACAUACCACAACUCGUAAUAUUCUUACCGGAGAGACUAGUUAUCAAUUUACUUAUAAUCAAUUCACCAGUAGUGGAAAACUAAGUUCCGUUACUGAUGCAGCUGGAAAUAAAGUGUUCUUAUUAAGAGACCAUGCACAGCAAGUCAAUUCAAUCGAAAAUACUAAGGGUCAAAAAUGUAGAUUACGCAUGUCUCGUAUGAAACUAUUAACGGAGGUUAACACUCCGGAUAAUUAUAAUAUAACUUUUGAUUAUUACGGACCAUCUGGCUUAUUACGAUCAAAGUUAGAUUCAGCUGGUAGAAGUUAUGUGUACACUUACGAUGAUUUUGGACGAUUAACUGGUGCUGUUACGCCUACUGGAAAACUUAUUAGAUUAGCAUUUGAUUUAAGCGCAAAAGGAGCAACUGUAAUGGUAUAUAACGAUGAUAGUCAACCAAAAACAAUGCUGAUCAAGGGGACAUCUGUUGAAACAAAAUUAGGUGGUUCAGAGGAACAUACUUCAAUAACUAGUGAAGGUGAUAUUGUAUCGGAAACAUCUUGGGGAAACCGAGUUACAAUUGAGUCAGUUCCUUAUGCUGUACUGAUGGAAGCUAACUCAGUAUUAGUAGAAAGUUACCCUGUACCAGGAAAAUUAAAAACCGAAAUAGGAUCUGAGUUGGCAAAUAGGUUUGAAUGGAGAUACUAUUUAAGGGGACAAUCGGGAGGCAAAUUGAAGCCUGGUGAAGCUAAAUCUGUGGCUCAAGUGGGUAAAAAAUUACGAAUAAAUGGUGAAAAUAUUGUAUCUCUCGAGUUUGAGAGACAAACUGGGACCGUGGCAGCAUUUAUUGAUGAACACAUUGAAUUAUUAAAUAUAACCUAUGAUAUCGCUGGAAGACCAUUUAAAUGGGGACCUAGGAGCAAAAUAUAUUCAGAAGUGGAGUUGACAUAUGAUCGUUUUAGUAGACUUAGUGUAUGGCGUUGGGGUGACCUUAAAGAAAUGUAUGGUUAUGAUAGAGCUGGUCGACUAUGUGAAAUUCGUUAUGCAGAUGGCAAAUCUACGCUUUAUGUUUUCAAAGAUAUGUUUAGUAGCUUGCCAUUGAAAGUUACUACUCCAAGAGGUAGUGAUUAUCUAUUACAAUAUGACGAAUCUGGUGCUCUUCAAUCACUAACAACUCCUAGAGGACAUAUACAUGCAUUUUCGAUACAAACUUCAUUAGGCUUCUAUAAGUAUCAAUAUCAUUCACCAGUAAGUCCACACCCAUAUGAAUUAAGGUAUGAUGACAACACAAAUAUUUUGGCGAAAAUUUAUCCACAUCAAUCUGGCCGUGUAUCGUAUUUAUACGACCAACAUGGAAACAUUGAAAUAAUAUUAGCUGGUCUGUUAUCUAUACACUAUACUUAUCAAGCCAAUACAAAUUUGGUAAAAAAUAUAAAUGUUGUUGAACCUGGGUUUGAAUUAAAACACGAAAUUCGUUAUCAUCUGGGUAUGAUUAAAGACGAACGUUAUUUGUUUAGUGCAAAAUGUGGAUUACAUAAUACGCACUUGAAAUACCAAGUAGAUGGUAAUGCACGUGUAACUUCCAUCGACGUCACUAUUGGCAACAAGGAACUUUCACAACUAAAACUGAAAUACAAUCAAAAUAUUGGUACACUAGAAAGCAUUAGUGACUUAAGAAUUUACAAAAAUACUUUUAAUAAAACUGUCAUACAUGAUACUGCUAAACAAUUUUUCUCUAUAUCUGAAUAUGAUAAUCACGGUCGGUUGAAAUCGAUAAUGACUAACAUCAAGUCUAUGGAUGUGUAUAGAAUGGAAUUGGAAUAUGACGUCAGAAAUAGAAUUUCUUCUCAAAAGAUUACUGUGGGCAGAACAAAAAUCCAAAACACAAUGACUUAUAGUGCUGAUGGUCAUUUGUUUGAAGUGGCUGGUAGUAGUGACUGGAAGUAUAUAUAUGAUGAAAAUGGCAACGUUAUUGGUAUUAUGGACUACGGUCAAAAAUUGACAUUGGGUUAUGAUGUCGGUGAUAGAGUGGUUCAGGUAGCUGACGUUCAACUUUAUAGUUAUGAUACUCGUGGUUUUGUAUCCAAACGAGGAGAAACUCACUUAAACUAUAACGACAUGGGAUUACUCAGCGAUGCUACUGAAAGUGACCGUUUUAGUGUUUCUUAUUACUAUGAUCACAAAAAUCGGUUAUUAGGUAUCAGAAAUGCAGGCGAAAACGUAACUCAAUUCCUUUACACUGAUCCUCAACGGCCUAAUUUAGUAAUGGCUAUACACUACCCAAGUACAGGAAGAACUUUCCAUUAUUUGUAUGAUGAUCGUAACACUCUGAUUGCAAUUGAUUCACCUGAACAAAGGUACUUUGUUGCUACUGAUCAAAACGGAUCACCGUUGGCUGUCUUCGAUGUUUCUGGAAAUAUAAUUAAAGAGAUCACAAGAACGCCAUUUGGUGGGCUCAGAAAAGAUAGCCAUCCGGACUUAUACAUUCCAAUCGACUUCCACGGCGGAAUUUUAGAUCCGCAUACUAGACUUAUCUAUCUUGAUAAAAAGUGGUAUGACCCUUCAGUUGGCCAAUGGAUCACUCCUGACUGGGAACGAUUAUCGUCAAGACUUAGUUAUCCCACGGACAUAUUUAUCUAUAGAUUCCAAAAUAAUGACCCAAUUAGUUCGAGUAGCGCACAAAAUAUUAAUUACAUGACAGACUUGAAUAGUUGGUUGAAACUUUACGGUUACGAUAUUGGAAACAUGAUCGGAUCAUCCUACACCAGGACUCAACUACAUCAACCAAGUGCAAAGGUGUCUUCUCCACAACUUACGCCUCAAUUUAAUGUCGUGUCUGGACUUCAGUGUAUUGUAGAAAAGGAAAUGUCAUUGUUUGGUGAAUUUGGAUUCAUUCCUGAGCCACUGUUGAAGAUGGAAACACAGACGAGAAACCUGUUGCCGAGAGUGGCAUUCCAGAGAUCCAUAUUUGGCGAAGGCGUGUUGGUAUCGCGUAGCAACGAAGGUCUAGCGUUGAUCUCCGUUGUGGACGGUGACAACAGCGUGGUACAAGACGUCGUCAUGUCCGUGUUCAAUGGCUCGUAUUUCUUGGACUUGCAUUUCGAACAACACGACAAAGAUCUCUUUUAUUUUGUUAAGGACAACGCGUUGAAGCAGAACGAUGACAUGGAAGAGUUGAAACGACUGGGCGGCAUGUUCAAUGUGACCACCCACGAGACAGCAGACGGUAAGGAACUGAGGCUUCUGAGCGCCGAGGCGCUGAUUUCGAUUCGGUACGGUACGGACCCGCAACAGGAACGUCACCGGUUGCUUAAGCAUGCGCACAAGCGAGCGGUGGAGCGCGCUUGGGAGUCUGAGCGUUCGCUGGUGGCAGCCGGGUCGAAAGGUGCCAGGGCAGAAUGGAAUACCGAGGAACGAGAGGAACUGGUGAAUCGCGGUCGGGUGGACGGUUAUGAGGGACAAGUCAUACAUGAUGUCAGUAGCCACAGACCACAGUUAGCCGAUGAUCCCGGAAACAUAAGGUUCCAGAAAACGCCAAACCGGAAGAAGAGAAACAGACGGACGCAUUAUAAAAAGACCACCAAGGACGAAUGAACGGUACUUAACUAGGUCCCAAUCGGAUGUAUAGUGCCAACGUUUACUUAUUAUUUAUUUACGAUUAUCAUUAUUAUUAUUAUUAUUAUAUUUAUAAUAUAUACUUCAACAUGUUAUUAUUAUUAUUAUUAUUAUUAUAUUAUUAUUAUUAUUACUACUAUUAUUAUCUACUAUUAUUAUUAUUAUUAAUUUAUUUAUUUAUUACUCGCUUAACUUAUUCACCGGUCUACUGUCAGUAAUUUUUUCAAUAUCCGAUCCGCCUUACCCCGUGACCAUAACCACUCUAUUUCAUAAAUUACCCACCAGGACAACGACUUUUCGAUCUUAAACAUUUUGCAUAUUAUUUUUAAAUCCUUAUUCCAUUCAUUGUCUGUGCAAAAAAAAAAUCAAGAUUUUAAUCUAUUACCACGUAUUUUAUUAUUUAUCAAAUGCUCAAUUUCCGUCCACUCGAUACACGUCUGAUCAUAUACAUCUUCCAGGCCGUGAUUUAUUUUUAUUGACAAAAAAAUAAUAACCAAUAGUAUCUAGUCAUCUGAGCGAGUAAAAUAACACAAGAAUUUAAUUUUAAAUACUCAUAGUUCUUCUUACGUCUUGAUUUAUAUAUUAUAAAAUAUAUAUAUAACGAAAAAUACAUAUAUUUUUGUAUUGGUACACUCAGGGAACCAUAAAUUGGUACCAUAUUUCAUCUGAGAAUAAAUAUCCAUAUUAAUCAUUUUUUUUUUUUUUUUUUUUAUCCUUCAUAAUAUUAUUAUGUAAUACAAUAUAUAAUUUGUGUUAUUCAGGAAUAGUUUGUUCUAUUGUGAUCUUGUUAAAACUUUUCUUUUUCAAUAAGAAAUUACACAAGUGUAUGUAAUUAUAUUUACACACGUCAUUGAAACAGAUGAUUUGUAAAUCCAUUCUAACGGAAACAUUUUUGUAAAUAAAAAUCAACUGAAUUGUAAAUAUAGAUUGUUAAUUUUUUUUUUUUUUUUUUUGUGCAAUUGUUUAUUAUUUUUGUUUUUCUUAUUAUUUUUACGUAAUACAUUACAAUUAAACGAUAUUUAUAUACCUUAAUGAUAAUGUAAUGUUACCAUAAUCAAUAACAUAUGUCUAUUAUGAUUAUUAGACUAUGUUAAUUAAUUGCUUGCAUGACAAUUAAAAAAAAAAAAAGAAGUAGUUUAUACAGUUAUUCGUAUAUGGUGCGUUAGGCUUUAUUAUAAUAAUAUAUAGCAACCUACGCGGUUAACUCUAUAAUAACAGCAUAAUAUAACAAACAAUUACAUUUAGUAACUGAAAAAAGUACUAUUAAGAUAGGUAUAUUAUAUUUAUAUAAAUAUAUUUUUUUUUUUUAAUUUAUGUAAUUUGCUUUACAAUUAAAGAAAAAAAUAUGAUCACACUAAUAAUUAUACAGUAUUAUAGGGCCUUAUAUUAAUUAACUGAGAAACAUGUAAUAUAUACAAAAUACAUGUAGAAAUAGUUAUGUGUUUUAUACAGAACUGACAUUGAUUAAACAUGAAAGUAUUUCAUGUUCUUUCUUAGCCUUAGCCUAUAGAUGACUUGUAAAUAUACUUUUUUUUUUCAUGCAGACUUAUUAUGUACAUAAAUUAUAUAUAUAUAUAUUUAUAAAUAUGUAUACUUUAAGACGAUACAUGAAUUAGUUUGGAGUAAUACAUGAUAUUUAUUAUUGAAAUAAAAAUUGAAUUAGUUAUA